GCAUGUUUGAGACCAAACCAGAUAGUCAGAAGCUGUUCCCCAAGUUUGCUGACCUUUCCAAAGAGCAACUGCAGAACAAUCCUGACCUCCAGGCCCAUGGAGGAAUUGUCAUCUGCAAGCUGACAGAAUUCCUGCAAGAUAAAGGGCAGGGCAAAGCUGUGAAGGAUCUGGCAGAAACUCAUGCCAAGCAGCACAAGAUCCCUCGGGUUUACUUUCAGAUCAUCAGUGAUGUCCUUGUUGAAGUGGCAGCAGAGAAGAUUGAAGGAUUGAGCUCUGAUGCUCUAACAUCCCUGAAGAAUGUGCUGAAGAUGUUUCAAACUAAAAUGGGAGAGUGCUAUGAUGUGCUGGGGUUUGAUAAAUGAUUGUUUGUCUUAGCCCUCAUCUGAUGCUGCUUGACCCUUUAAUGAAUAAAACUGCUAAAGAUGA